UUUUUUUUUUUUUUGUGGGUCAAAAAAUUUCUUUUUUUUUUUUUUCCUUCCCUGGUCUCUUCAAGGUUUCUUUACGCGAGUUUUUUCUUUGCAUAAGCAUCAGUGAAUAUGGGCAUUCUCAAUGGCGAUAUUCCUUUGGUACAAUUACGUUAUCAAGACGACGGACUGCCCUCCGAUACUUCUAUGGAGCAGCGACGCGUAGAAGAUUCCAUCUUGAAAUGCUUUGUUCCUUAUGCACCCAACAACAUUCGCCGAGAAUCGCUUGAAAGUGUUCAGCUUCACCGCAAUAUGCAUAUAUCGUACUUGCGACGCGGGUUGAAAGGACUGAGCCGAUAUAUGGUGGCCCUCGACGCAAGUAAACCAUGGUUAUUAUACUGGAUCAUUCAUUCCUUGGAUUUACUCGGCUCGUCCCUGUCACCGGCAGAAAUUGAAAGAGCCAUUGAAACCGUGAUCCUGUGGCAACAUAAGGAGGGAGGCUUUGCGGGCGGACCUGAUCAAUUGGCCCAUUUGGCUACCACCUAUGCUGCCGUCAACUCUCUAGCGAUACUUGGAACAGAACAAGCUUACAACGUGAUCAAUCGAGACUCGCUGUAUGCAUUUUUAAUGCGUAUGAAACAACCCGAUGGUUCGUUUACGAUGCAUGAUGGUGGCGAAAUCGAUAUUCGAGGCACCUACUGUGCGCUCUCGGUGGCAGCGCUUACCAAUCUCCUCACCCCCGAGUUGACAAAUAACUGUGCUGAAUUCAUUCAAAGAUCACAAUCCUACGAAGGCGGCAUUGGUCCAGCACCGAGUAAAGAAGCCCAUAAUGGGUAUACAUUUUGUGCUUUAGCGGCCAUGAAGAUUCUCGAUGGCAUGCAUUUGUUAAAUAUGGAUAAACUCAUUAAAUGGUGCGCGGGAAGGCAAAUGGCAUUGGAAGGCGGAUUUCAAGGCCGAACCAAUAAACUGGUGGAUGGCUGUUAUUCAUUUUGGGGAGCAGGCGAUUUUCCCAUCAUCGAGGCCGAACUGGGUUCAGAGAUGAAAGAAUUGGGCUAUUUAUUUGAUCGAGAGGCUCUACAGGAAUAUAUUUUACUGUGUUGUCAAUCAGAAACGGGUGGAUUGAUAGAUAAGCCAGGAAAAGGAACGGAUUAUUAUCAUACAUGUUACUGCUUGUCAGGUUUAUCGACUGCACAGCAUUUUUUCCACUUUGAUGGAGCCAAGGCCAAAGCGAUCGAAAGCAAGUUAAAAGCGGACAACGGACGAGAAGUUGACGCAAGAAGGGGAGGUCUUGGUUCACUGAUGUGGUAUUAUACCAACGAGUUUGUGAUUCUCGGUGACAUUGAAAACCACUUACUUCCCACUCAUCCUAUCCACAACAUUUCCCUGCCAAAAACGCGAUCCAUGAUUAGACACUUUUAUAAAAAUGAAUUACAAGACGUUUUGGAUUUGUUACCCAAAGACGAAGAUCCAUGUGAAGAAGCAGUGUAAUAAACAAAAUAAAAUGACUUGACUGGAGAGUUUUUUUUUUUUUUUCUGUGUUUUGUUUGUUGUUAGCGUUUAUUUAUGCAUGAUAUGAAGCAUUGAUUUUCCGCCUUUUCUGUUUCCAUUCAUCGUUUUUAAAUGUCUCACCGACCUCC